AUGGCGGUUGAGCGCUAUUCAGCCAUUCGUUUCCCGAUCUGGACCAAGUUCGUACGUAACCCUAAGACAGCCACCGUCAUUAGCAUGAGCAUCUGGUUGGCUUCUCUCUGCCUCGGUGUCCCGGCCGCCAUCGUCUACACCGUCUUCGAGUACGAAGGCGUCUAUUACUGCGCCGACUCGUUCGGCGAAAGCCAUCACUUACGCCCGACUUUCUUCCUCGUUCUUUUUCUCAUUGGUUAUGUCAUUCCGCUGUCUACAAUCUUCAUCCUCAGCACGCUGACGGUAUGCAGCUUGUGGAGCGCCACGGGACCAGAAGGUAUAAACGUCGGGGUUUCGAUGCGCAGCAAGAAGCGCGCCACAAAAAUCGUCAUCUCCCUGGUUCUGGUCUUCGCCUGCAUGUGGUUUCCAUACCACCUCAACUGGAUCUGGGUGAAUUACUUCGGCUCCAGCUUCACCAACUCCUACUUCUUCUACUAUUUCCAGGUGUUCGCCUAUUUAUUCGCUUUCACGAACUCUGCCCUCAAUCCGCUUGUCUAUGCUUUCUGUUCGGAGAACUUCCGGAAGCGACUGUGUCGUUGCUCGCAGCCGAGCAUUGAGACCCGCUCGGCUACCUUCCAUUCUCGCCUGGCCGAAUCCAGCGAGAGAAGUUUGCCACAGUUCUCACAGGAGAUGCUCAUGCACAGAAUAGCACCUUAA